AUGCAUUCAAUGCGUUUGAGCUGGAGCCUUAUAAAAGAAUAUCGAAUAUCAGCGAUUAUAUUGAGGGGUUUGCAAUACCCGCAGAUGCUGUCUUUGGCGCUGGAUAAUGAUACAGAAAUCAUGUGGUGCGACAUCGGAGGCCCCAACAAGACGUUGGAAUUUGCCGCACAAUUCUACAACGAGGCGAUGCGGAAUGGCUACCAGGUUGCUAUGAAUGGCCGCUGUGGUGUAGUCCCGGACUUUGACACACCUGAGUAUGCGACGUUCGGUUCCCUGUCUACUCGUCGCUGGGAGACAAGCGAAGGCAUGGACCCCUUCAACUACAGUUUGAAUGCUGCCAAAUUACUGGACCAAGCAUCCCAAGAUCCGACAGGAUCAUUCCUCACUACACCAAAGACAUUAUGUGUCAUCGCAUUCAACAACCCAAGCGACGAAAAAAUCACGGCGGAUGCAGGUGGCAUGGUGCUGCCAAUUCAAAAGGGGGACAGCGUUGUGCUGCUUUGACCUAGCUCAAGGAAUGCGCAGAGCCUUGAGUGGGACAUUGAUGGGUCGGGUGUCUUGACCAUCAUGAUGCCACAGGAUCAAGUCGAUUACUCCUGGGCAUUCCAAGUAUCAUAUUACGGAUGAACGUAGAACAUAUACCUACCUACCCAUAGUACCAAUAGAUGCUGCUAGCAUGCUGUCUGCUUAUGAUUGCUGCGCUGGUAGAGGACGACACCAGUGACCAC